AAGCCCUCGUCUAUCUGACAACGCGUUCGUCGCUGUGGAGUUUGCUGGUCAUUUCGAGCGGUCUACGGAGGCGACGCAGUUGGAUUAGUCUUAUAUUGUCUUUCCACUCAACGGCUUCAUAAAUCUCCCCUCAUCUCCUAUCACAGCAGCCUUCCCCAUGGCAGAUCGUUUCUUUGAUCGUGUCGCUGAUGUCGGGAGCGAGGAGGAAGAUGAAGAGAUCGACGAGGAGACCGGCGAGGUCAUACCGCGAGCUGUAAAAAACGGCACAAAUGGCGUACUCGAUGAUUCGAGUGAGGAGGAAGACGAGGACGAUGAUGAGGAGGCUUUGCGCAAGGCCGGCGAAGGUUUCAUUGCUGAUGAUGACGAGGAUGAAGAUGAGGAUGCGAAGGUGGCCAGGCGCCGAGAGCGCAAGAGGCGAAAGCGGGAACGCGAGGAGGACGAUGUGCUUGACGAGGAAGAUCUUGAGCUGAUCGGUGAACGCAUUGCUCGUCCAGAGGCAACCAAGUCUAAGUUCAAGCGGCUGAAGCAGGGCCAUCGAGAAGACCGCUCGCGCCAGGAAAGGGGUGGUAUCGGUGACAUCUUUGCUGACGAGGAGGAUGAAGAGCUAGAAGAUCGCUUGGACUUCCGCGAACCUCAGGAAGAGUUCGACGAUUUUAUCGUAGAAGAUGAGGAAGAGGGCGGUGUCGACAGGCGUCGUGACGAAGAGGAGGUUGCGCGCCCUGGUCGCAAGUUUUUCGAUGCCACAGGCGCCCUGGACACUUCUGGUAUGGACCCAGCAACGAUCGAGGAUUUCAAGCAGGCCUUCUACGGCGACUAUACGUAUGAUUGGGUGCUUGACUUAGAACAAGAUGAAGCGGACAAUCUCGUGGACCCUGACCAGCCCAUUGCGCUCAAAGACGUAUUCGAAGAUUCACAGCUCGCAGAGAAGUACUUGACGGAUGCAGAUAUAGAGAUCAAGAACAAGGACAUACCGGAACGCUACCAGCUCCUCCGCCAGCCAUUCAAGCUGAGCGAGCGAAGUGAGGAAGAGGCAGCCGAGCUUUUGCAAGAGGAGGCUCGAUGGGUGUUCUCGCUCAUGUGGCCCAAAAAAUCGUUCGAUUCGAGAUUCAGAGAACCGUUGCAGGCCUCGAUCAAGAAAGUGUUGGAAUACAUCAAUAUCGACAAUUUUGAGGUGCCCUUCAUCUUCCAGCACCGGAAGGACUACCUUAUUCACGAGUACAAGAUAUCUACCGACGAUUCUAUUGACGGCAGGCCUGAAACAAAAGCAGAGAAGAUGCUUAACCAGGACGAUCUUUGGGAAAUUCUUGAUCUGGACUUGAGGUGGAAAGCGUUAAUCGAGAAGCGAGACACCUUGGACAACCUAUACCGGCAACUUGGACAGCUUCACAAUAUUCGAGACGAUACUAUUGAGGAGCUACGACCCAAGGCCGCCACGAAUGAAGAGAUUCAGGACAUACAAGAUUAUUUUCACUUCAAAUACUCGGCUGAGCUCAAGGAUAUCAUGCUAGCGGACAGCGAAACCAAUGGUACCCAAAAGCGGGCACGAGGAACCAGAAACGUAUGGGAGAAAUUGCGAUCGAGCAGAGUGUACCAACUGGUUCAAGCAUUUGGCAUAACUGCCGAAGCCUUUGCCCUGAACGUGACGGCUAGCGGCGCUCGUACUUAUACCGAAGAUCCUAGCGAGCUACCAGAAGACAUGGCAGAUUCAUUAGUAGAUCCGCCAGAAUACCAAACAGGUGCUCAGGUUCUUCGUGCAGCAAAGGCGAUGUACUCAGAAGAACUCGUCAUGAAUCCCCGUCUCAAGCGCUACAUGCGUGAGGCCUUCUACACUGCAGGUCAAUUCCACUGCCACCGAACCGAGAAGGGUGCCCGUACCAUCACGGAGGAUCACAGAUACUAUGAAUUUAAGUAUUUGCGUAACCAGGAUCUUUCAACUUUGAUGACGAAGCCCGAACUGUACCUUCGAAUGCUACAGGCCGAAUCCGAAGGCUUAGUCGAGGUUCGAGUCACUCUGAUCAACUCGAAGAACUUUCGAAACAAGCUCUACUCUCUAAUCGAAUCUGACAAUUACAGCGCGGUUGCCGAAGCGUGGAAUAAGUUGCGCCGUGAAGUCCUCGAUACUUCGCUUGACAGACUUGAGAAGAUCAUUGCGAAAGGCGUCAAAGAGGCUCUGAGGACCGAAUGUGAGUCUCGUCUUGGAAAACAAAUCCGAGCGAAGUAUCUCGAGAAGUUGGAUCAGGCGCCCUUCAAGGUUGUUGGUCUUGCACCCGGUGACAAGCCCCGUGUGCUGGCGCUAUCGAACGGAAAGGGCAACAUCAACCGUGACGCAAUAUGCUGGGUUUAUCUCGACGAAGAUGGUCGUGUAACAGACCAUGGCAAAUUUGUCGAUCUCAGACCGGGCCACAAAGAGAAAUAUCUUCCGGACGGCAAGGACGUCAAAGCUUUUGUUGAUUUGGUCUUACAGAAGAAGCCCGACGUGAUUGGUGUAUCGGGCUUCUCGCCUGAGACACGCAAGCUUUACAAGGACCUACAAGAGAUUGUGGAGCGAAAUAAUCUCGAGAUCAGCGAAGCUGACGAUGUAGACAACCCGGACGACCGAAAACUUGAGGUCAUAAUUGUUAACGACGAAUGUGCGCGACUGUAUCACACGAGCGAACGUGCUAUUGCCGAAAACCCGGCUCUGCCUCCCCUCGCCCGCUAUUGCGUUGGUCUCGCCCGGUACGUCCAAGAUCCGAUGUUGGAAUAUGCGGCUUUAGGCAAGAACAUCGCCUCGAUCAUGUUUGAUCCCAAUCAAGAUCUCUUACCUCCCGAAAAGCUGAACAAGUAUCUUGAAACUGCAAUGGUAGACAUGGUUAAUCUUGUUGGCGUUGAUCUGGAGGAAGCCUACGCCAACCCCUACCUGGCGAACCUGCUGCCUUAUGUCUGUGGUCUUGGUCCUCGGAAGACGGACCAACUUCUAAGGACCAUCCAGAAAAAUCAAGGAGUGAUUAACAGCCGAGCAGAGUUGCUUGGUGAUGAAACGAUAUACCCCGCAUGUGGGCCUGUGGUAUGGCAGAAUUGCGCCAGCUUCUUCAAUAUCGACGCCGACGAGAGCGAACAAAAUGCCGACUAUUUGGAUCACACUCGCGUCCAUCCUGAAGAUUACGACAUUGCCCGCAAGAUGGCUGCCGAUGCUCUUGAGCUUGACGAAGAAGACGUGAAGGCUGAGGUUGAUGAGGGAGGACCAAGUGCUGUGGUUCGUAAACUCGUCAAGGAGGACGCGCAGGACAAGGUCAAUGACCUCGUACUUGAAGAAUACGCCGAACAGCUGGAGCAGAAGUUCAAUCAGCGAAAGCGAGCCACACUUGAGACCAUCCGCGCUGAAUUGAUUUCACCCUUCGAAGAGCUACGACAUAGCUUGGCUCCAAUGUCAAGUGAAGACGUCUUCGCCAUGCUUACUGGCGAAACUGAAGAUUCACUUGUUGAAGGCAUGAUUGUGCCUGUUACUAUUCGCCGCAUCUUCCAGGACCAUAUCGAGUGCAAGCUUGACAAUGGUCUUGAGGGAGGUAUCGGCGCCGAGCAUUAUCCUGAGGGUGUUGGCAACAUAUAUCCCAAUGGCGCAGACCCUAGACAGGUCUAUCACCCUAAUCAAGUCGUGCAAGCUAUCGUGCAAUAUCUUAACAAGCGUGCCCUCACAUGCCAAUUGAGCUUGCGCGGGGAUCUGCUUCGCAAACCGUUCAAAAAGCGUCACACGGUCACGCCUGGAGAAUGGGAUGAGGAAGAAGAAGCCAAUGACAAGAAGGCUAUGGAAAAGGAACGCGAGGCCAAAUCAGGGCGUGCUCAGCGAGUAAUUAAGCAUCCACUUUUCAAGCAAUUCAAUGCUGCUCAGGCACAGGAAUACCUUGGCUCUCAAGGUCGCGGCGAUUGCGUCAUUCGACCCUCAUCCAAAGGUCUUGAUCAUCUGGCCGUAACGUGGAAGGUCUCAGACAAUGUAUACCAACACAUUGAUGUCGUUGAGCUCGACAAAGAAAACGAGUUUGCGCUUGGGAAAACGCUCGUCAUUGGUGGAAAGUAUAAAUACAGCGAUCUGGAUGAAUUAAUUCAGCUCCAUAUCAAAUCUAUGGCGAAGAAGGUCGACGAGAUGACCAACGAUGAUCGCUUCCAGAACGGAAGUAAGAAGGAGACUGAACAAUGGCUCGAAGCCUACGUUGAGGCCAACCCGAGGCGAAGCAUGUAUGCUUUCUGCAUCAACCGCGAGUAUCCUGGCUACUUCAAUCUGUGCUUUAAGCCUGCACCGAACGUUGAUGUGAUCACGUGGCCAGUGAAGGUUAUUCCCGGAGGAUUCGAGAUGAAAAAGAAUUCAUAUCCGGACAUGCAGAGUUUGAAGAACGGUUUUAAGAUGUUGGUUGCGGCUCCGCGAGCGAGGUAGGCCUCUGCUCAUCCGACAUGAUGCGGGAGAUUCGACAAGGCUACACAUUCGUCGGCGAAAUGGAUUUGCAUUUGCACCGCUGGUUGAAGACUUGGUCUUUGUAUAACAUAUUAUUAUGAAAGCAUAGAUCACAACAAAAAGUCGAGUCGAGGAUCACGACGCCAUAACUAUAUUCUCAUGGGAUCGGAUCGCGCAAUAGCGCACCAUGGCUUGGCCUUUGACGUUCGCGCUGACGAGGGUUGGGGGCGCUCGGCAAUCGGCUGAAAGGACUUGAGGGGUUACCCAGAAAGUGUGGAUGGUACAUCUCUGUCUAUCGUACCCCAUCCAUUGCAGUAUAAAAAGCAGACAUUGAGAAAUUUUUUGAAGCAAGUUUGAAGCUUUUAGUGAACAUA